GCGGAGAGUCCCAAUGCACAUUCUGGAGAAAUCUUCCCGUGUUUUGUCGCACAGUUUAGGUACCAAACAGCGCACAAUUGAACAACAAAGCGAACAAGAAGCUGCUGUUCGGGCUCUUUGUGAUAAGCUGGAUCGCGCUGUGAACUUGGGGCCGCUGCAAGUCAAUCGUUCUCCUACUUGAUAUUGAUAAGAGCCUAGCUGCCUGCUGAGUUUCGCUCGUUCCACGCUGGUAGGAGGUAGGAGCAAUCAGUUGAGUGGAGUACUCCGACAGCAAUUAGCCACUUGCCGUGUGUGUAUCCAACCUUCUGUUCCCGCUUGCGCAAGCCAGGACUCACUCAUCGCCCCUAACUCAGAAUGUACAGAGCGUCGAGCGUUUUUUUGGGGACUUUCCUCCUGCUGCAGCUGCUGCACUGCGGAAUGGGACUCGACAAUGGACUGGCACUCACGCCACCCAUGGGCUGGAUGUCCUGGGAGCGUUUCCGCUGCCUAACUGAUUGUGAACUGUACCCAAACGAGUGCAUAAGUGAGCAGCUGUUCCGACGGCACGCAGAUUUACUGGUGACAGAGGGCUAUGCGGAUGCUGGCUACGAGUACAUAAUCAUCGAUGAUUGCUGGCUGGAGAAGGACCGCGACAACAAGAGCCAGAAACUGGUUGCAGACAAGCAGCGAUUCCCCAACGGACUGAAUCCUCUUGCAGAUCAUAUACACAACAUUGGACUGAAGUUCGGCUUGUACCAGGACUAUGGCACGAACACCUGUGCCGGUUUUCCCGGUGUCAUAAAGCAUAUGCAGCUGGAUGCUCAGACGUUUGCCGACUGGGACGUGGACUACGUCAAGCUGGAUGGCUGCUAUGCCAACAUCAGCGACAUGGCCGUGGGCUAUCCUGAGUUCGGGCGUCUGCUCAACGCCACUGGCCGACCUAUGGUCUAUUCCUGCAGCUGGCCCGCCUACCAGGAGGAUGCUGGCGAAAUGCCCGACUAUACGUCACUGAAGCAGCACUGCAACCUUUGGCGCAACUGGGACGACAUCGACGAUUCGCUCGAGUCCGUGGCCCAGAUCAUGGACUACUUUGGCAAGAACCAGGAUAGAAUCCAACCCCAUGCCGGCCCGGGCCACUGGAACGAUCCCGACAUGCUGCUGCUGGGCAACUACGGACUGAGCUACGAUCAAAGUAAACUGCAAAUGGCCAUUUGGUCCAUUAUGGCAGCGCCGCUGAUCAUGUCCAACGAUUUGGCAGCAGUGCGUCCGGAAAUCAAGGAUAUUCUGCAGAAUCGUAAAGUGAUUGCUGUGGACCAAGACGUGCUGGGCAUCCAGGGCCGUCGUGUACUGUCGAAAAAUCAAAUCGAAGUAUGGAGCAGACCCAUCACGCCUGUGGUCAGCAAUAACCAGCACUCCUAUGCCGUGGCCUUUGCCAGCCGCCGCUCUGACGGUGCACCCUAUAGAAUCGUAUUCACCCUCAAGGAGCUGGGCCUGCACAAUGCAGCAGGUUACGAUGUAGAGGACUUGUACGAUGACACAUCGAAGUUGGGCAUCUUCCGCCCUGCCAACCAGUUUAUCACGCGCGUCAAUCCUAAUGGUGUAAAUUUCUACAAGUUUACAGCGCUUUAAACGCAUUUGCCCGUUGCUGUCUGCUGAUAUGCAAAUCAUCCAUUUGCUGAGCCAUAUCUGCCAUCCAAGCGUUUCGAAUAUGCUCCUAUAGCCAUGUCUUACAAAUACUUAUUAUAUUUGCGGUGGAAGAAGAGAAGCAAAUAAAGUUUGAUAAUAAAUAAUCACCCAUGUA